AUGAGCCGGACUCAGUCUCACUGCCAGCAGCUCCAGGACCUGACGGACCAUGCUCCUGCUCCUGAUCACCCUAUCCGUUGCGAAUAUGUUUUUUGCUAUGGGAAUUUUUUGCAUGCCCCUUUCGGACCAGGGCCCCCACAUUACCCACAAUUGGGGGCAGUCGGUCCGGCUCAGGCACCUGUACGCUGCCAGGCCGGGACUGCACCUACUCAUCAGUGGGGAUGGACAGAUCCGCGGCGCCGCCGACCAGACUCCCUACAGCCUGCUGGAGAUCCGUCCAGUGGAUCCAGGCUGUGUCGUCAUCAGAGGAGUAGCAGCCGCACGGUUUCUCUGCAUAGAGAGCGAUGGGAGACUCUACUCCUCGCAUGCCUACACCAGAGACGACUGCACCUUCAGAGAGCAGAUCCUACCAGACGGGUACAGCAUCUACGUCUCUAACAGGCACGGAGCCCUGCUCAGUCUGGGAAACCACCAGCAGAGGCUAAAGGGUCGAGACCAAGGCGUACCAGCCCUGGCCCAGUUCCUCCCCAGGAUCAGCACCGUGGAUCAGUCCACAUUCCUUGGACUAGAUGUUCCUGACCAGCCAGAGCAGAGCAUGGCACAAACAGAACUUUCUGUAGAUGCAAUGGACUUAUUUGGAAAGCUCUCUCAGAUCAUUGAGAGUCCAAGCUUCCACAAGAGAUGAGACAGAAGCUCUGAGACAUCAGUAGAUGGAGGUGUUCUACUUUGUCUGAGAUCAAAAAGGCAUAUUCCUCCCUACAUGUUGUAGAACCAGGAACUCGUGCAUGUUCAGGCAACCAGCACCCAGAAAGGUUGCUGCAGCAUACUGCCAUCACUGUCUGUAGUGUCCUACACAUGGCUGAAAACAGAGGACCGGGCACAGCAUUAGAGGCAGAGCCCUGAUCAUUCUUAUGAAGGUUGCUCAAAGGCGUGCAAAGCCAAAAAAGUUUGACUUCCAUGCAUAAAAAUAGCCCGAUCUUAUGGCUCUUCCACAGCUUUGGGGACAAUAUAACCCACAGAACAAGUGCACCAGAGCUGGAAGAGCCGGCUGCUUCCAGUUUAUUGCUCCACUAGUUUGAAGUAAUAAUAACUUUAUUUAUAUAGCACCUUUCAAAAACAAGUUACAAGGUGCUGUACAACAGAAAUAAAACAUAUCAAAUACAAUUUACUGACAACAACAAAAUAAAACAACAAGAAAAAAUUACAUUAAAAAAAAUAUAUAUAUAAUUUAAAAUCACCAAUCACAACAAGUUAAUCAUACGACAAUAAUAAAAGGAAAUUAAGAGAAGGCCAAUCGAUAAAAGUGAGUCUUUAGAAGAGAUUUAAAAGAAGCCACUGAGCUCGCCUGCCUGAGAUCACCGGGCAGGGAGUUCCACAGCUGGAGCACCUUUUGUAAAAAGACGGGACCUCGGGACCAGAAGCAAAGCUGUGCCAGCGGAUCUCAGGCAGCGUUCAGGCUCGUAGGGUAAAAGCAUCUCAUUGAUAUAGGCAGGAGCCUGACCAUUCAGGGCUUUAAAAACAAGUAAUAAAAUCUUAAAAUCAAUUCUAAAACUCACAGGCAGCCAGUGGAGAGCAGCAAGGGUUGGAGAGAUGUGGUCACUUCUCUUUUUUCCUGUUAAAAGCCCUGUAGAACCUGAUAAUGUAAUAAAUUCCCGAUAAUGUAAUAAAAAUCUGCACUUGAGUCCAUUGAAAAUGUAAUAAAACCUGAUAAUGUAAUAACUUCCCGAUAAUGUAAUAAAGUGCAUUUCCCAAUAAUGUAAUACACUUUUUACCAAUAAUGUAAUAAACUAUAACACCAAGCACCUUUAGAUUUCAAGAAGCCGUUGAAUGCAUUCGUGUGUCAUGGAUACUUGUUUGUAAAAAACGGAUGAACGGGUCAAAAGUUAAUAAACAUUCAACUUUGACCUGUUGGUGGCGCUAGAGCUCUUGAGCUAUAGUUGCCUACACAGUAUCACCACUUGAACCCAAGUAAUGGGUGGUCUGCUGUUAAAUUAUUACAAUAUUGGGGAAUUAUUACAUUAUCAGGACUUGCGAAAUGAAGGCUAACCUGAUAAUGUAAUAACCUCCCAUUAAUGUUAUACUUUAUUACAUUAUUGGUAAAAAAAAUAAAUAAAAAAAAGUGUAUUACAUUAUUGGGAAAUGCACUUUAUUACAUUAUCGGGAAGUUAUUACAUUAUCAGGUUUUAUUAUAUUUUCAAUGGAUUCAAGUGCAGAUUUUUAUUACAUUAUCGGGGUUAUUACAUUAUUGGGAAUUUAUUACAUUAUCAAGUUCUACAAGCCUUGCAGCAGCAUUCUGUAUUUGUUGUAGCCUACGGAUGUUUCCUUUGCUAAUCCCAGAGUACAGGGCAUUACAGUAGUCUAAUCUUGACGAAAUAAAAGCAUGGACAACCUUCUCCAGGUCGGUGGAAGAGAGGAAAGAACCAAUUCUUGUUAGCUGUCUCAGCUGCCCAAAACAGGAUUGCACUGCCUUGGUUACCUGUGAGUCAAACGACAGCUCUGAGUCAAAAAUGACACCAAGAUUGCGGGCCUCUUUCUGGAUGCUAAAGGUAGAGGGGAGACUGUCGGGAUGUUGGUGCUGGAGCUAGAUAGGGAGUAAAUGAUAUUCUGUUUUAGAAUCAUUUAAUUGGAUAAAGUUGUUGGACAUCCAUGCUUUUAUAUCAGUCAGGCAUGAGAGAAUGUGGGAAAUAUGUAAAGAACUGGGUUUUAACGGUAUAUAUAACUGUGUGUCAUCUGCAUAUAAAUGAAAAUUAAUGCUGUGCCUUUGAAUGAUUUUCCCCAGUGGUAACAUGUAGUAGAACAAAAUGAUUCAAUCGUGCAUUUUUCUAGACUGGUCGAUAGAUAUUAGUGGCGAGACUUAAUUCUGAUAAUGAAAAUGAUCAUUUUGGACGUCUCUUUCCCAAAAUAAGUCUAUGGGAAAGAAAGUAUCUUUGGGCCCCAUGGCAUCACGUGAUGAACCUGGAAAUUGUAAUGCCUUUUGGCCCCUAUCAAAUCAGCUUUGAAGCCUAGCGCUCUUCCUAGGGGCUUGGUACUCAACUCAACUCAAACUUUAUUUAUAAGACACAUUUAAAACAACCGGGGUUGACCAAAGUGCUGUACAGAUAUCACAGUUGCAGGAAAGAAGGUGAAAACUAAAAUACUAAAAUACAUAAACACACUGUAAAAAUGUCCCGUUGUUUUUACAUAAAAAAACUGGCAGCUGUGGUUACCAGAAUAUUUAAAAAAAAAUACUAUGUCAACAUCUUUACAGAAUAACUUGUAAAUUUUACAUCCUAAAACUGUAGUAGUUUAAAAAAAAAAAACAUUUUAAAGUUGUAGAUUAUACCGUCCUUUACUACUAAUUUAACAGGAUGACUAUUUAUGCCAAAUUUACAUGCUGAUUUUGCUUAUUGUGCAUUGAAUACCAGUGAAUUAACAUUCAGUUAUUAUUUAUUGUACACUGAAUAGCAAUAAAAUGUACAAGUUGUUCUGUAAAGUUAUUUACAUUUGUACUGUAUUUUUUGCAGAAUUAUUCCGGUAACCACAGCUGCCAUUUUUUUUCUGUAAAAGCAACAUAAUUACUUUACAGUGCACAAUGCAACAAUAGAAUAAAAUAAAUUAAAAUUUGAAUAAAUUGUUUUUGCCAGAUGUCCACUUGAACUUGAUUAAAAGCCAGGGAGAAAAAGUAUGUUUUUAGGGAGGAUUUAAAAACCUCAAAAGAUCCUGCAGAUGGGAUGUGCCAGGGCAGGUUCUUCCAGAGCCACAAAGGCCUGGUCCCCUUUGGUUUAAAGUCUGGUUUUAGGGGUGGUCAGUAGCAGCUGAUUGGAGGAUCUCAGUGUUCUGGUAGGGCUGUGGAUUUAAAGGAGCCCUGUCAAAUACUGGGGAAAAAACCUUUGUAUAUGAUAAAUUUGUAGGAAAAAAACAACAGAGCCAUUAAGAGCUUUAAAAACAAGCGAUAAAAUUCUAAAAUCUACAACAGAGUGGAGAUUGACAUGGCAUAUAUAAUGUUUUAAUCCAUUACUUUCAGUAAAAAGCUUUACAUGUACUGAACAAACACCUGGAGUGUGCUCAUUAUCCCUCCCUAAAGAAUGUGCCUAUGGCAGAAACUUUAAAAAGGAAAAGAAUGGCAAAAUAUUAGAUUCACGGUUUGAUUCUAGCAAGUGAAGCACCAAAACUUAUACAAAACAUGUUUUAAUAGUGUUCUUUUUAAAAUAACAGGAAUCCUAUGGCAUACUGCCUCAGUGAACUGAGGAAGAGGGAAAAUAUUUUACUGACUCUCAAUUAGGAUCAAGGGGUUUAUAAAAAAUGAACUGUGAUUGGAUAGUGAGUGACUGACAAAAAGUAGCAAGUUUUCUUGAUACAGUAUUGUUGUAUUUAUUUGGUUAUUUAAAUGUUUAACAGUGUAAGCACCUUGUAUGCUUUUUAAAUACAUCAUUGCAUUUUACAAAUAUGUUGAUGAUCCCUGUUAGAUGUGAAACAGCAGUUUGUAUUUGUAUAAUGUUAAAUUUCAUAG